UUUUUUACUCUAUGAUAGUAAAUUCAAAUUCAAAUCAUCAAAGAAAAUCAAUUGAUUCGUUCAAAAUAUAUGUAGUGCAAUAAAUCUUAUGAUAAAAAAAUUCAGAAAUUAUGCAAUUUUACCGAAAUUCCUCAAAUAAAGCUUCAUAUUCUAUACCGGAGAUAAAACACAAAGAAAAACUAAAGGAAAAUGCCCUAAGCAGAAUAAAAUUCAUUCACGAUCGUAUUUUAGAUCAUAUGAAAAUGAAGAACUUUUUAGAAAUUCAUCAAGUUAAACAGUAUUUGAAUCAGAUCAACCGAUUAAUUACAAAUGUAGAUGAAAUUGAAGUUUACCGGAAAAAAGUGAAGAAUAUGCUUCUUUCCGUAAAUGAUAGUAUCAUGGAGUUUGAACAAGCUGUUAGUUCAGGAGAGAUAAAAUUCAACUAUGUCCAAACAUCUCGAAAAGACCAAACAAUUAAUAAGAAGACUUCUCUAAAUUCAUCAGGAUUAUCCACACUCUCAGAACUAAAAAUUCAGAAAGUUAUACCUUCCAACGCAAUCCAAUCAAUGCCAGUUUAGGACCUCUUUCGAUGGUAUCAGAAAUUUCUUAUGAAAAAAACAGUUUUAUACAACCCAUCGCUGAAAAUGAAUUGUCGAAGAAUACUAAUUCAAUAUUUUCUUCUUUGGAAUUAACAAACAAUGAUUUCAAGACUUUGUCAAAUAACGCCACAACUCAGAAUAAUAAUACAGAAGAGAACAGUUUGUUAUCAAAUGACAUCAGUAACAGUAGAGUAAUGAGUCAAAUGGAAGUGAUUGUAAGUCCUGAUUUAUUCAUUCAACCAAUAACGAUUUCAAAGAGAAAACAAAAAACUCAUGUCAACACCAAAGCAAACAUACAGGAAAAGAAUGGUACCAAAGAACAUGUGCACACCGCAACACAUAAUCCUGAGUUCAUAAUUCGGAAUUAUGAUCAUGUUGAAAAUUUUAAUAGAUUGAGUUUAGAAAGAUCUGAAAAUAAUACUAGUAUGGAAUAUUUUACUCAACCUCCUAUAGAGAAGGAAGAAAGUUACAAAGUUAAAUUAAAAGAUUUUCAAAUUCCAUCAAAUGCAGAAAAAAUCUCUAGCUGUCUCAUCAAUAAUAUUGAAUCGGAGGAAAUGAGCGAUAAUAGUGAAAUAUACAUAUUUAAUGACAUGAACAGUUUUCCAAAUGUUGAAACUGAUAAAGGAAAUAAUAAUUGUGUUAUGUAUGAUAGGGACUAUGAAAUUUGCAAUGAAACAAAGCAUAAUAAAGAUUCUCAUAGUUUUGUUAAAAAACAAUCUCCAAUUCACACAAAUACAUUAACCAAAGAUCACACUCUACAGGAAUCUUCUAGAGAAAAAGCCAAAGACCUUAAAAAGUAUAAUGUAACCAUUUCAGAAAAUAAGUCUUGUCAUUCCAACACUCUUAAUGAAACAAAGCAAUCUGAAAUUAAUUUAGACCACUUGGAUAUUAGUUCUAGCCAAGGAGUCAAGAGAAGAUUUUUGGACUCAUCGACAGAUCUGAAAAUGAUCAAUGGAAAUAUUAUUUCUACUACUGAAAAUGUUUUAGUUGAAAAUUAUUCCAUUGCUUCCUCUGAGAAAAUUUCCUCAACCUCUGAAACAUUAAUCUCUUGUAAUAAAACUUUAGAUGAACUGAGUAAAGAGUUACAAGAGGCGACAAAGGAAUGUUCUGAAGUUUGGGAAGACUACAUAAAUCUAUUGAACGAAUCAAAAAAGGAAUUGGCGAAAUCUAAAAAUACUUCAAUAUCAGAAUAUAACAAUGGAAAACUGAAAUUUCCACCUGGUUAUGAAGACCAUUAUAAAUAUCUUGACGAGGUCCUGUUUGAAUUCAAAAGUACAAUUGGAAUUCCAAAUAAUAUCAACCAAACAGAAAAUAAUAUUAUUUCUUUCGAAGAUACCAUGAAUGAUUGGCAAGAAUUGCAACAAAUUGUACAGAGAAUAAUAAAAUGCGAGAAAAAGAAAAAAAAUUUUAAUUGUACUCUUAAGAAUAAUAAAGUGUAAUUUUUUACCUCAAAAA